AUUUACAUUUAUGAGAUACGAGAACACACUCUCGGAGUACUGCGAAGCUCACAUUCGAUCUCUGUGAAACGACAACGAAUGCUCGGAUGCGCUCUCAGAUCGAACAAACAGCCUGCAUAUAUCUGAAAGUGUAUUAGAAGUGUAGCUACACACAGUCAAUAAAAUAGUUAGUUGUGCAGCUCGCCGACAAUAAACAAGGUAGGGGGAAUAGAGUUGUAUUUAGAAAACCCUGUCCAGCAUAAAUAACACCGACUUGAGUGCACUCCUAAAUACGUAGUAAGAAUUAGAGGAGAACCACGUACAUGCACAAAGCGGCCAGUGAGAACUAGUUUUCCAAGGGCUCUUCAGUCUACACGUGCCAAUUUCACCCACCACAUGUGAGUUUAUUCACGUGACAUGUGCAUAUAACUGAACAAUAGUGAUUACGAAAAGGAUGAUGGUAAAAUUCGAUCAGCUUCUGGGUAAGCGGUCUUCCUUGAUGCGAUAUAUUCCACGUGGCGGUGUAAGUUAUCUGUUGGUUUCACUAUGUAUAUUGGUGGCGUGUGCGUCGUAUUUAAGACACUCGAACGAUGACACACAGGAUAUACAAAUCACCAGGUCCACGCUACUAGACUCAGGUACGGAUCAACAACAGCUGACAGAUAAUAACGAUGAUAGGUAUACUACCGGGGAAGUAUUGCUGGAUGGCAAGAAUGCCGAGUAUCAAGUGACAUCGCAAAGCACACAAAUUCAGGGGAAUGCUGGUGUGAUAGACUCAAAUAUGGUGGAGUAUAAUCCCAAAGAGGACCGGACACAAGCUAUUCAACGUGGUAAACAAGUCAUGGCAGAAUCGCGUAUGAUUAUCAUUGGGCUUGUUAAGAACAUGGGUGAUCUAUUAGCUCAAGGCAACAUCACGCGACGCAUAGAGCAAGUAGGGGAGAUGUUCAAGGAUUAUAAGGUGCUGGUGAUUGAGAAUGACUCCACAGACGACACAGUAACUCACUUGAGAAAUUGGAGUAAGGUCAAUGAGCGCGUGCAGAUCAUAUCCUCAGAGUUCAAAUUCGACAAGGAUUUCGGCAAGAGCACGAACCACAUCAGGUUCAAGCGCAUGGCGCUUAUACGUAAUAUAUACAUGCUCGAGUUAGCUAUCAACCCGCUGUAUGCGGAUGCCGACUAUGUGUCGCUGUUAGAUAUGGAUAACAGAGAAGGGUGGAGUUUAGAUGGGUUGGCCACAUCAUUUGCCUUACCCCAAUCCUAUCUACCUAAAGAAAAGGGUGCGGCAUUCGCUGAGCAGCCUCUGGAAUGGGAUGUGGUGUGUGCCAACGGGCAGCUCAACUUCCCGGCCCUGGCUUGGGAGUAUAGCCCUCCUGGGAAACCAAGUGUUAAGGAGCUCGUACAGAAGCAUAAGGGACUGGAUGCGAUGAUCAAGGCUACACGCGGAAUGCGCGAGCCCCCGCACAGAUACGCCGAGUUUGCUGGCUUGGUUGCGAAUGGCACGUACGAGUAUGCCCGACAUGCGUACGAGUUGGUGGUGAAGCAUACCAAGCACUACGUGUACACCAAGGUAACCAAGGAGACCAAUGAGGACUACGGCGGGUGCCACGAUGUAGAUAUGGGCGGGGAGUUACAAGGCGAGGGUGUUCCCGGAUUGAUCGCGUUCAUAGGGGCGCAACUGAAGGCCAAACAAGACAAAGCUGUCCAGGUCAUCGUGCAGAACCGGGUACGUAGUAAAGAAGACCAGGCAAAGGGUGGCCCUGAUAACGAGUCGGGUGUGGAUCCCGAGAUUAUGGAGAGUGCCAAAGCGGCUGCGAUUGGGUUUACGUUUAAAACAUGCGACGAAAACGACACCAUGGCGGUUCAAGAUAAGGAUGGUGUGUUUGAUGCGGGUGCUACGAUGGCCAAGAAGCUUAUGCAACAUAUACACGCUCCCAGGGAUAUCCUCGAAGGGUCCACCCCAGAACGCACCAAUGAGUGCUUCGAAGCAGCUAUAGCGCACUGGUACAGACAGGGUGUGCAGGCGCGUGAGAAAGCCGCGUUGAACUUCGCGAGUAAGUACCAUAUAGUACCCGGCAGACACUACGAUAGCUUAGCGUUCAGGGAUUCCGUGUUUCAGAACUCGAAUUUCCGCGCGCAUCAGUAUGUCACCCAUUUGGUCACGGACUGGCCGUACUACGUGGACAGCUGCUUCGGGGGUUUAGCGGUGUACCGGUUCGCCAGUAUGAAGGGGUGCCAGUAUGACACGGAGACCAGGGAGUGUGAGCACUCGUCAAUGCACCAGUGUAUGGCUGAGAAGGGUAGAGGCAAGGUCUUGUUCAAUCCGGCCAUGGUGGUGAAGUACGUGAUGGGAACAGGAACACCGAAAAAGACGUGAUAACUGGAACCGAUGAAGCACAAGGCAGUAGCGCUAGGACGGUGGAGUGUACGUGUAGAUGGAUGUGUAGAUCAGAAGGGGCCGUUGCUAUAUGGAUAAUGACUUUAAGAAGGUUAAAAGUAUAUAGUUAUGUGGGUUUGCAAGGUCGCAGGUACUGUGCACUCUAACUUGAUUGCGAGUAUCACUCUACUAGUAUACAGCCGAGUCUGGGCUGGUUACCGUGGUUCGCAAUCCGAUACUAAGCACAUAACUUUUUACGAAAAUAGUUGUGGUAUUGAGGUCAAGGUGGUGAUGGUUGUGGUGAUUAGGUGCAGAUGCAUCCAAACCAACCAGACAGUAUGGUACUAUAUCCCUCUUGAAGGAAGGUGACGGUGGACGGUAUAUAUGGCGUGGUAUAUAUAGAUAGCUCUACUCGUUCGUACUGCCAGGUGCGUAGCGGUGGAACGGUGCACCAUGCUUUAAAUGAUAUACAUUACAUAUGGGGUUGCUUUACACGACAGCGCAGAGACUCAUCUCUUAGUCUGUCGGCAACGCAGAAGCUGCAAUAUAGCUGUAGUUACACUUGUCGGCGACGCAGGAGCUGAAACAUUAGAAGCUGCAAUAGUAGUACGCUGGACGUAUACUAAAAUACUCUAUAGCUAGAGGUGGGUCAGCUAUUGUCAACGCCCAUAUAACAUAUAUGCCUGACUAUAGGUGCUCGUGUGCGUACGAUAUGUACACAUGCACGAGGCGUUUUGUGUGGCCAGAAGCGGCUCAUAUCAUCACAGAGAACUCUUGUCUAGUUCACAAUAGAUCUUACGGCUGUAGUGCCCCUCACCACCUGUAGUGGGGCUUGUGCAGCCGCAGGAGCUUCCCACCCCUCUAUGUGGGAAGUUGAAGGAAAUAAAGAGAGCUAUGUAACCCU